AUGUCGACGUUCACUGCAGCGCACAGGUCGUAUGUAAUGUCCCUCUACAAGCGAACUCUCAAGAACUCGCUGGACUGGACAGUUCGAAGGGAUCUAUGGAGGGCGGAGGCCAUGAUGAUACGGGCUGAGUUCGAGCGGAACAGAGACGUCCAUGACCCGAGGGCCCUUGCUGUUAUACUAGAGAAGGCUGAGGCUAACCUCGCCAAAAAGAAGCACCCCGACCCAGUCAUUUCUCCCCUAUACCCCGGAGGUACCAAAUGGGAGCGCAACACACCCCCUGCAAUGGGUCCGCUCUACGACCACCUUUCUGCCCCAGCGCACUGA